ACUAUGUGAUCUCUCAUCUCCCUCACUACAAGAUAGCUUCGAGUCUUGAAGAGCCACCCUAACUAUAUAUACACUCUCUGUAUAAAUAUCUACACUUUUCUCUCUCUACACUCUCUCAGCUCAAACUCCAUAACUCACAACCCUCCUUCAUCUCUCUAUGAUUUCUGUUUAUAUUGUCUGUAUCUAUUGUAGGCUCUGGCUUUAGAUAUCAAUCAACGCGUGGCUUCAUAAAAGCCUCUGAUCCAAUUCCGAGGACAGAUAGAUACAACAAGGAAAGUAAACUGUUGUUCGGCCAAGGGUCUUUCUGCAGUUUGGUUAUGGUUUAUAAAUUAUUUGGUUCUUAGAUCUACAUAUUAAGGAGCUUUGAUUCAUGUGAUUUUGUUUCACUGCUAUUGAUGAGGCUGGAAAAUUCCUGGGUUUUGAGAUGACUUGGAUAUUGGCAUGAAGGUGAUAUGGAUUGCCAGCUCCUCUAGUGUCAAAAUUCUGCUAUGUCAGAUAUUUUUCUACAACUUAAUCUGCUAUAAGUACCCAAUUUGGAGUGGAUCAGUGGAUGACUAUACAUGCUAGAACAUUGGAUUUGCCUUUCCUCUAUUGGUUCUGAAAUUAAAGCAAUAGAUUUUUACAAGUCUGUACAAAGUUGAAGGUUUUGGGUUUUUCUUUUCCCUUGGCUACAUCCAUUUAUCAUAGAAGUCUGUGUAAAGAACCUAGUCAGAGGUAGAACUUUUCAUAGAAUUGAGUUCCUACUGCUGGCUAUGUGUUUGGCUACUUUCUGUUGCACAUUCUCUGUUUCUGGAUAGCUCAAUAAUCUUUGAAGCUUAAUUGGUCUAUCUUGGAGGAAUUAAAAGAAAUGGAAUCUGAGACACUAGCUGUUCAUUAUCAACCAGAUAAACUUCAAAGACUUCUUUCCACUAUUGUGCCUGUGCUAUUGAUUGCAGUAGGAUAUGUGGACCCCGGGAAAUGGGCUGUAUUUGUUGAAGGAGGCGCCCGCUUUGGGGUUGAUUUGAUGAUUGUAUUGCUUCUGUUUAAUUUAGGAGCAAUUUUGUGUCAGUACUUGUCAGCUCGUAUUGCAGUGGUUACAGGUAGAGAUCUUGCCCAGAUAUGCAGUGAGGAGUAUGACAAAGUUACAUGCAUAUUUCUUGGAGUUCAAGCUGAGAUUUCAGUUAUUGCAUUGGACCUCACAAUGGUUUUGGGCACUGCAUAUGGGCUAAAGGCUGUGUUUGGAUUUGACUUACUUAGUUGCAUCUUUCUGACAGCAACUAAUGCUGUCUUGUUACCACUUAUUUCUUCUCUCGUAGAUAAUGUCAGUGCAAGAUUCCUAAGCAUUUGCUGGGCAAGCUUCAUACUAAUUUCUUAUGUUAUUGGAAUGAUAAUAAGUCAACCUGAAAAUCCAUUAUCCAUGGAUGGGAUGCUGACUAAAUUAAAUGGGGAUAGUGCAUUUGCAUUGAUGAGUCUACUUGGAGCAAGUAUCAUGCCACACAAUUUUUACCUGCACUCUUCUAUUGUACAGCGAGAUCAGGGAUCAAAAAAACUUUCGAAGGAAGCUCUGUGCAAUGACCAUUUUUUUGCCAUUGUUUGCAUUUUCAGUGGCAUUUUCCUGGUUAACUAUGUGCUAGUGAAUUCGGCAGCUAGUGUUUUCUACAAUAGUACUAGUGGGAGUAGUGGCCUUGUUUUACUCACAUUUCAGGACGCAUUGUCAUUGCAUGAUCAGGUUUUUCGGAGUUCACUGGUAGCAUUUGUAGUAGUGUUGGUCAUGUUUUUCUCCAAUCAAAUUACUGCACUCACUUGGGAUCUUGGUAAGCAAGCAGUAGUGCACGAUUUGUUUGGAAUGGAGCUUCCAGGUUGGCUUCAUCACGUGACGGUCAGAAUUAUGGCAAUCGUGCCAGCUCUCUAUUGUGUUUGGACUUCAGGAGCCGAAGGCCUUUAUCAGAUGCUGCUAUGUACACAGGUUGGGGUAGCCCUUGUGCUUCCAUCUGCUGUUAUUCCCCUUUUCAGAGUCGCUUCAUCCCGAUCAAUAAUGGGCGUUCACAAAAUUUCGCCCCUCUCCGAGCUUUUGUCUCUGGGUACAUUCUUUGGCAUGCUUGGCCUCAAAAUCAUUUUCGUAACAGAGAUGGUAUUUGGAGAUAGUGAAUGGGUGAGCUAUUUGAAGUGGAAUAUUGGAAGUAGUGUAUCGGUUCCAUAUGUUGUCCUUCUCGUUGCCGCUUUUUCUUCCCUGGGGUUGAUGUUGUGGUUAGCCGCCACUCCAAUGAAAUCUGCAAGCUCCACAUUUGAUCCUCAGGCAUUAUAUUGGGACAUUCGAACUCCUGUGCCCGAGUCACCUCCAUUUGGAGACAAAGUCGAUGUCAAUGAAUCUAGAUUUAAUUUAGAGCGGUCUACAAUGGGUAAAUUGUUAGGGAGCCAUUCAAAUUCAAAUUUAUCAACUCCGUAUCCUGAACCUAGCUUGCCAGAAACUCUACCGGAUUUUGAGACAUUUCCUCAUCUCACUACCAUUGAUGAGAAUAAAUCUGAAGUAACGUUUCCAAACAAAUCUAAGUGUGAUCCAGAGCUAUCAAUAUCUGCAGGGGACACUGUUCCAAGGAGCACUGUUUAUGAUGAUGUCUCAGCUGCUGAUUCAGCAGAAGAUAGCAGCUUGACAUCUAACCCGGUAGAUGUUGUAGAGAAGACACUUCAUAUUGAAGGCGAUAAUCAGAAUGACAAGGAUAAUGAAGGAGAUUCCUGGGUGCCUGAAGAGGUGACUAAAGAGGUGUCUGCAAAUAGUCAGUUUUCGAGUUUCGAGGGUCCUGGAUCAUUUAAGAGUAUCAGUGGAAAAAAUGAUGAUAUAGGGAAUGGCACUGGAAGUUUAUCCAGAUUAGGACUUGGUCGUGCAGCAAGGCGGCACUUAACUGUAGUUCUUGAUGAGUUUUGGGGACAGUUGUUUGAUUCUCACGGGCAGGCCACUCAAGAAGCAAAGUCAAAGAAACUAGAUAUGUUGCUUGGCGUGGAGUCAAAGAUGGAUCCUAAACCUCCUUCUGGAUCCCUGAAAUUAGAAAACAUUCGGAUGGAUCCUAAACCUCCUUCUGGAUCCCUGAAAUUAGAAAGCAUUCGGAAGGAGUCUAAUGCAUAUAUAUCAUCCAUGAGUGGAUUAGGGUCAGAUUUGUUGAUAAAUUCAAAUUUGUAUUCCCACAAGCAGCAAAUGGGAAAAUUUGGUGAUGAGUCAGCUUAUGUAGCUCCGAAGGAUCCAUAUUCAUCGCAGUCUGCUCACUUGCAAUUGUUAGAUGCAUAUGUACGAAGUUUAAGCCAUGAUACUCUAGAAGCAGGUGAGAGGCGCUAUUCCAGCAUGCACAUUCCGACAUCAUCUUCAGGCUACGAUCAACAACCUGCUACUAUUCAUGGGUUUGAACUUGCCUACCUUAAUCGAAUUGCUAAUGAAAGAAGAACUGGUUAUUCGAAUGGUAAAGUGGAGUCACCAAUUCCAAAAUCCAAAAAUUUGGUUUCCUCAAACUCUUCGGAGUUCUAUCCCUCUGCUUAUGGGCUGAAGCCACAGAGCAGCUUGAGUAGCAGGGCACCACCCGGCUUUGGAAAUGUUCCUACAUCUAGAAAUACUUCACUGCAGUCUGGAAAUAAUUUAAAUGAUCUCAAUCCUUCUGGAAAUGCUGAGAACAUAGGUUGCACAGCAAGUGCAAAGAAAUUUCAUAGCUCGCCAGACAUUAAGAAACUCUAUGUCCCUAAUCGGGAAUCUUUGCUGCUGGAGAGAAGUGCUCAGAGGGAUAGUUCAAUGGGGUAUGUGCAAUCUUCUGGGCGCUCACCAUAUGAACGUCUUACCUAUUUGAGUCCUUCACAAAGGGUCGGUGGUCCUCCAGGAUUUGAUCAACCUUCUCCUUCCAAAGCGUCUAGAGAUGCUAUUCCCUUACAGUUUAGUUCAAAUCCUGCAACUGGGUCGCUAUGGGCCCGACAGCCUUUUGAACAAUUUGGUGGCACUGCUAAGAGUGGAAAUAUUCACGCUGAUCGUUUUGGAGCUAUGCAGAGUUCAUUUACUCGAGAAGCUGGACUAAUGAUGGAGUUGGAGGCGAGGCUUCUUCAGUCCUUUAGAAGUUGUAUUGCGAAACUUCUGAAGCUCGAAGGAUCGGAAUGGUUGUUUAGGCUAGACGAUGGAGUGGAUGAGGAUCUCGUAUAUGGUGUCGCUACAAGGGAAAGAUUUUUGUAUGAAGCUGAAAUGAGAGAGAUUAAUGCAAUGGGGGGUAACAUCGGGGAAUCACCUCCCAACAGGAAACUUGGCUCUGCAUCAAAAACCGAGGAGUUUGAUUGCACCAAGUUCUUGAUGACGUCCAUCCCGCAUUGUGGAGAAGGUUGCAUCUGGAAACUGGACCUGAUUGUAAGCUUCGGGGUCUGGUGCAUUCACAGGAUUCUCGAGCUUUCACUUACGGAAAGCAGGCCGGAGCUCUGGGGGAAAUAUACCUAUGUACUCAAUCGUCUUCAGGGCAUAAUUGAUCUGGCAUUUUUCAAGCCCCGUUCGCCAAUGACUCCCUGUUUGUGCCUAGCGUUCCCGGUAGGCCAGCAACAAAGAUCAAAUAUGUCAGCUCCAAAUGGAAGUUUGCCCAUGCCCGCAAAACAGGGACGGGGAAAAUGCACAACGGCACCAAUGCUCAUGGAAAAAAUCAAAGACAUCGAGAUCGCAAUCUCUAGUCGUAAAGGGCGUGCAGGCACAGCAGCUGGUGAUGUGGCUUUUCCCAGAGGAAAAGAAAAUCUGGCAUCGGUGCUUAAACGGUACAAGCGCAGAUUAUCAAACAAAGCAGUCGGGUUUCAAGAAUUGCGGAAUGUGGCACCUUCAACCCCUUACUAAAUUCUUUUGCCCAGUUCAUGACAGCAGAUUGGAUAGAUCCAAGAUGCCAUCUGGGUUUUGCUCUCUUUCUGCUACUCAUCUUCAACAUGCAGAUUGGUCACUUGCUAUUCUGUUUCUCUAUCUAAUGUGUAUUUUGUAGUAGUUUCUUCGGUUUCAGUUUUCCUUUGUACUUCAAUCAGCAUGUAUCACAUACAUAGGAUACAAAUUGCACUCAGCUAUGUAAUUUGCAGCAGUCAAAGGAAAUUGGGAGAAAAUGUGGUAAAAAAAAAAUGUACAUUGCCAUUUGAACUUUUGGUUUACCCGAGAACA